GGUUGAAAUAACAACAUACCCAGUUCACUUGAUAAGAUACUUUUAUAAACAAUGGAAUCAGAAACUGAGACUCUGCUUUCGCGAAAUGCUGUUCCUAUUAUAGAUUUAGAAAAUUUCAUUGAGGACGUGGCGAAAAAUCUGAGAAAGGCUUUAUCUGAAAAGGGGUAUGCUCUGCUAAUAAACCACGGAAUUUCAAAUGAGAAGAUCAAAACAGCUUGGAACUAUUUCGAUGGCUUUGUCGACUUGCCAGAUUAAGUUAAAGUGGUAUUUGAGAGAAGCAAAGCUCCACAUGCCGAGAAUCAUGGUUACGUGAGUCCGGGAAUGGAGCGAUUUGAUGGCAGGACACCGGAGCUGCGCCAUGCUUAUAAUAUAUGCAAACUGCAGGAAAAAUUCCUCCCCGAGCAGCAGCUACCAGGAUUUAGCAGGCACAUUAACUCAUUAGUCGAUGACUUCAAUGAAUUGGGUAAGUUGAUUCUGAAGGCUCUGGCAAUUUCAUUGGCUGCUCCACCUUCGUUCUUCACGGAUAAACAUUCGUAUAUGCUGUCCGACGAUCGCUUUAACCUGACCACCCUACGGAUGCUGUUCUACCCGCCCGUGAAAGAUCAGGAUCAUGGAAGAAGCUCCAUACGAUGUGGAGCCCAUGCCGACUACUGCACCUUUACUCUGUUGGCUCAGGAUUCGGAGGGUGGACUGGAGGUCAAGCUGCGGGGCACUGACAAGUGGGAGCGAGUGGGCCAUUUGCCAGGAGCGCUCUUCAUUAGCUGCGGUGAAACCAUGGCUAUCUGGACAGAUCAGCUCUACCACGCCUUGCAACAUAGAGUAGUGGUUCCCGAUCAGGUUGAUAUUCGCCAUCGAGGCCGGCACUCCAUUGCCUAUUUCUGUCAUCCUGAUAACUCUGCGCUGAUUGAUCCAAAUGAUUUAGAUAUUACACCUAAGCAGACGACAAGUGACGUGAUACAAAACGCAUAUGAUAUAACUAUGGCUCUGGCAAAAGGCGCAUUUGCACAUCAUUAUUCUUAGCAAGAUUUUUAAUAUUCAUUAUUCU